CCUGAACUGUCGCUACGCAUAAUACACCGUAGCGUUUACUAAUUUAAAAUUUGCUAAUUAACUUACAAAACACAAAAUUUAAAUAUUUCAAAUUAACUGUCAAUUUAUUAAUCAAGAAAACUCGCACAAUUUUUAGUACAACUUAUUGCAACGCAAAAUGUGGCAACACAGUGCUUUCGUCUGCUGUCAAAUUGCUUUACUUUGACGAUUGUGUUGACAGGACGCAAGGGACUCGCUGUCGCAUUCAAAGGCAGUAGUUGUCGCCUUCCAAAUCAGAGGACAAAUAUAAUUUUAUCUACAACGGACGAGUGAAGUGGUUUUAUUUUUAAUGCGGGGAAGCCGAAGAUUUCAAUUCCAAUAAUUAACUUGAGUUUGUGAAGAGAAAAGUCUCUUGCAUUAUUGUUUGUGUACGUCUAGUAGCGUACUUUGUGUCAAAAAGUCACCGUCCUUGAUUGCAAGUGCAAAUAAAUAUCAGAAGCUAAUAAGUUGCAGGCAGCAGUGUCGGAAUUGGCCGCCGUCGUGGUCAUAGUAGUUGUUUUUCAAAAUUUCAUUGAAGCACACCCAUAUAACACCAUAACAAAUAUAUAUGGAAUUGUAGAAUAUUUAAACAAAAUCACAAAAACAAACAAGAGUUGAGCAACAAUUGUGAGCAUCCAUCUAUGUGAGUGUGGAACACUACAUUCAAAUUAUUAUUAAUUAAAUGAAUUGUGCAAAUGUAUUAUGUGUGAUCGCGAGCAAAUAUUGUUAUUGCUAUAGAAAAAUAGCCAUAAUUGUUUACGUGAUGGUUUGUUGAAAGAGUGUAGACAAGACCGUGCAAUAAUUCCAUAGUGUAUCACCGCGUGUAUAUUUCUGCGCCCAUACAUGCAUAUAUAUAUAUGUGUGUGUAAAUGCAUAUGUGCUCAUAUGGCUGUCAAUGCUGGCGGGCUUAAAAAGCAAAUAAGAUUUGUAUCACUUUUCGUUGUUCAGUAAAAGAAUUUAAAGUGUUUCUCCAUAUACAUCCAUAUACAUUCAUAUGUAUAUAUAAAAUAUAUAAGCCAAAACGCACAACUGUAAACAAAUAUCGAGCAUAUCUCCCAAUAAUAAAAACAAUUUUAAAAUACAGUUAACAUAUUAUCAGUACUACUUCACAAAGUGGUGGGAAGUAAGAUAGUAAAACAAAUAACAAUAACAAAAACAACAGUCGAUUUCAACUGCAUUACAAUACAACAGCAACAUGGCUUUGCCAAGUAACAAAAGCGGUACCGGUAGUGGUGGUGGUAGUGGCGGUGUUUUGGGAGCCACUGGCGGCGGUAGUGCUGGUAGUGGUGGUGUCGGAAAUAAUGAUUUGUGGCGCGAGUGUGUUGCAUGGUUAACGCGUUGCAAAAUUAUUCCACCCGAUCACAAAGCCAAUUGGCCAGAUUCAGAAAUACGCGUCCUUGCCUUGACGCUACGCGAUGGUGUCUUACUUUGCAAUUUGGUCAUUUAUUUGGAUGCCAACAGUAUGGAUCCACGCGAUUUCAAUCGCAAGCCACAAAUGGCACAGUUCUUGUGCUGUAAAAAUAUCAAACUUUUUCUGGAUGUUUGCCGCAACCAUUUCGGACUGCGCGAAUCGGAUCUUUUCGAGCCCACAAUGCUGUAUGAUUUAACGAAUUUCCAUCGUGUGCUGAUAACACUUUCCAAAUUAUCGCAAUGUCGUAAAGUACAACAACUGCAUCCGGAUUUAAUUGGUUUCAAUAUCCAGCUUUCACCCAGCGAACGCUCCCACUCCGAUGAGGCCAUUUACAAGGAUUUACAUUCAACCGAUGAAUCGCGUAAGAAUGGAGCAAUUGAUGGCCAAGCUGAGAAUUGUGAUGUCGUCUCGAUUAGUGGCUCGCUCUCGGUUGAGGAUGAGAACAGCGACAUAACAAUUGAGAAUGGCAACGAAGACACCGAAGAAUAUGAAGACGAAUUUACUACCAAUCUGCUGGAAUCCAUUGAUGAUGAACAAAAAUCCACGUACAGUGGCAGUUCAUGUAGUACGGCUGUGACAGCUCGUAUUUAUGCGUCGACGUCGCAUACUCGCAGCGCUACUGUGGGUAAUUUGAGUGGCAUUAAUAGUAUUCGCACUUCCGUUGGCGGACGUAGCAGCAUCGGCAGCACCAACUCUGUCACAGACAGUUUGGGUGCCAUGAGUGCGUCAUCAAAUUCGAGUGACAACCAAAGCUUACAGCGUUUAGCUGCAACAGCAUGGAAUUAUCAGGCGGCUGCCCGAGAAGUGGGUGGCCACGAGUAUCUCAAUGAUAUUUACUUUGAAGAGGAUGAAAAAGUUUACGAGGACUUAUGCUACGUCACGUUCUCAUCGAAGGCAACUGAGGUUACCACCGACAACAAUGCAUGUCACAACGAUCAUAUAAACACCAAAGAAGAGGAAGUCUAUCAAGAUUUGUGUGCUUUACAAAGAACCAGUAGAAGUCAGAUCACCUCAGCGACCAGUUUCGAGCAACGUGAUUAUGUCAUACGCGAACUGAUCGACACAGAGUCGAAUUAUCUCGAUGUCUUAAAUGCCUUAAAGACAAAAUUCAUGGCGCCACUCGAACGUUACCUGAAUCCGGAGGAAAUUAAACUAAUAUUUCCGCGUAUACGCGAACUCGCUGAUAUCCACACAAGGUUUCUGGAAAAACUGCGUGAAUCUCUCUCACCCAAUGCCAAAGUGAAAAUGAGUCAAGUAUUUUUGGAGUUCCGUGAGCCAUUCCUACUCUACGGCGAAUACUGUUCCUGUCUGUUGGGUGCCAUUGAUGUGCUGGCCGAUGUUUGCAAGAAGAAUCAGAUUAUUGAGCAACUUGUGCAGCAAUGCGAGCGUGAAUACAAUGUGGGCAAAUUGCAAUUGCGUGAUAUUUUAUCGGUACCCAUGCAGCGAAUUCUCAAAUACCAUUUACUAUUAGAUAAACUAGUCAAAGAAACCUCACCGGUGCACGAGGAUUACCGCGCAUUAGAGCGUGCCAAAGAAGCAAUGAUCGACGUAUCUCAGUACAUCAACGAAGUAAAACGUGAUUCUGAUCACUUAGUGAUCAUACAGAAAGUGAAAGACAGCAUAAUCGAUUUGCAUUUGCUGCCUAACGGUACCAAUGAUCUCCUGCAAUACGGUCGUCUCCUCUUGGACGGUGAAUUGCACAUAAAAGCGCACGAGGAUCAGAAAACAAAAUUACGUUACGCAUUCGUUUUCGAUAAAAUACUAAUCUUGGUGAAGCCGUUGCAUACGAAAAUGGGUGAUAUGCAGUAUACAUACCGUGAUUCGCAUUACCUCUCCGAAUAUCGGGUAGAACAGAGUCACACGCGGCGUACAUUGGGUCGGGAUACACGUUUCAAGUGCCAACUGUUGUUGGCGCGCAAGUCGGGCAAGACUGCUUUCACGCUCUACUUGAAAUCGGAGCCGGAGCGAGAUAAAUGGCGCAAGGCGCUCACUGAGGCAAUGGAAAACUUGGAUCCACCUGGCUGCCGCAAUACAGAUCACAAAAUGGAAAUUUACACUUUUGAUGCGCCUACGACAUGCAGGCACUGUUCGAAAUUCCUGAAAGGACGUAUACAUCAGGGCUACCGCUGUAAGGUUUGUGAAAUUGCCGUACAUAAAGGCUGCAUAUCGUCUACGGGUCGUUGCAAACAGAAUCCCCUAAGCAUACCGCCGCCUGUUUGUGAUCGGCUGCUGUCAGAGUUCAAUUGGUUUGUCGGCACAAUGGAUCGCGAUACAGCCGCUAUACGUUUAGAAAAUCGUCGUGUUGGCACAUAUUUAUUGCGUGUGCGGCCUCAAGGUGCAUCCAAUCCUCAUGAGACUAUGUAUGCGCUGAGUUUGAAAACCGAAGAUAAAGUUAUUAAACACAUGAAAAUCAAUCAGGAACCCGAUGGCGAUACAGUGCUCUACUGUUUGUCGUCCCGCCGCCAUUUCAAAAAUAUUGUCGAACUGGUUUCGUACUAUGAACGCAACGAUUUGGGUGAAAAUUUUGCGGGUUUAAAUCAAUCGCUGCAGUGGCCCUUCCGCGAAGUGAUAGCCACGGCUAUUUAUGAUUUUGAACCGAAGGGCAGCAAUCAAUUACAUCUUAAGACAGGCGGACAAGUGCUAGUUAUUGGCAAAGAUGGCGACAGCAAAGGUUGGUGGCGUGGUAAAAUUGGCGAUACGGUCGGCUAUUUUCCCAAGGAGUACGUGCAGGAGCAUCCACCGAUGAGCGAUGAACUUUGAUAUUACAAUUAUGUAAUUUAUGUUGCGCAACCAAGGGACCAACAUGCAAUUGCAUCGGAUAACACAAGUUUGGCGGGUGACAACUGCGUACCCACCACUAGCAGAGUGAUAGCGCCCAGAGGUGAGCAGUAGUCGCUCAAACCUCGCGCUGUUUAAAAAACAAAAAACACUUUAGAAAAACGGGAAGAGAACAAUAAUUGUUGGUUGUUAACGGUUUGUUGCGGCAACUAGCUGCACGCUACGUAUACAUAAAUGCUUGUAGAAGUGCCAGUGUGCAUACAACAACACAUAAAAACGAUAACAAAUAAUAAUAUGUAAUAAUGUUAUUGAUUGUGCCAAUAGCUUUUUAUAUACAAUUUUAAUUACGUAUUUUAUAUUUACGUAAUCGUGUAUUUAUGUAGUUACUUAUACACACACAUAUAAAUGUAUGUAUAUUUUAAAACAAUCUUGUUAUAUCGUUUUUUAUACUAAAUUGCAUAAUUGUGUAGUUUUUAGGUAGUAAGUAUAUUUUAACUGAAUAUUUUAAAGUUUAAUGUGCGUGACUAUAUGUUUAACUGAAUAGCUUAUCUCACUUAGGUUUUUAUCAAAUUUUUAUAUAGUUUUAUACAAAACAUAAAUAUAAUACAAAAUUUAUGAUAAUAAAAUAAAAUAAAAUUAUUGACUAAAUAAAGAGGAGCUAGUUAUUCUUACAAAUAUGUAUGUAUGUAAGGCAUGCGCAUGAGGAAAAUAAGCUUUAAAAUGUUAUAUUACUUAGAGUUUACAAGUGUAUAAGCAACGAUAUACUAAAUAGUGAUAAAUAAAACAUAAAAAUAAUAAAAAAUGAUUGUGCGCGCGCAGCCGCAAACAGUAGUAGUGAAAACUCAAAUAUAAAUAUUUAUGUAUAACUGUAUAAUGCAUUUCCAGCAUAAUUUUGAAUUCGGUAUCUCAAUACUGCAAAAACAACUGUGCACAAUAUAUUAACAUGAAUAUUACAAAUUUGUAAUUAAAUGUGCACACUAAACUAAAACUUUGAAGAUCUACAUAUUUACAAAUCUAAAUAUAUACAGCCAUAUACAAAUAUAUGAAAUAGCAGCAUACAACAAAAAAUAUUGAUUGGUAUCGCACAUAAAUACAUACAUAUUGGUAUACACAUUAAACCGCCAAGUAAUUUUAUAUAUACAUACAUACAUCUAUAGGGCAUACAGCAUAUACAUGCAAGCAGACAUAACAACAAAUUUGAAAAAAAAACUACUUUUAUUGAAAAAUGACGCUGAUAAUUUAUUUGAAAGCGGGUUAACAGUAAAUGGUGAAGCGGGUGUGACAUUUUUUGAGUAACGUAGUUUAACGAUGUUCGAACGCGAGCACAUCUACACAUAUGUAUGUGUGAAUCCCGUAGUGUAUUAUUAGUAAACCGAGCCGGACCUAAGAGUGCAACUCUCAAAAUUUAGAAUGCAGGGAAAAUUAUUAAGCGAACCUGAAACGAAUAUCUACAUAUAUACAUACAUAUAUAAAUACGAAGUAUCAAAUAUAAAUUAGUCAUUUUAAAAUUGUAUAAUAAAAUACUGGAAACGUAAUAUGAAAUGCAUAAUACACAUACAUACAUGUAUUCAGCAUUGCCACUUAACGCUUAUUUUUUUGUAUGAAAGUUAGUAGCACAUACAUACAUCUUUUUAAAUAAAUUUAAUUUUCUUACGCAUAUCUAUUUCUAGUCAAUAUUUUUUUAAAAUUUUUUUCUUGUAAAUUUUCUACAAUUUGUUUGCAUGCAAAUUAAUUUUGAUAUAAAAUUACAUUGUGUUUUAAAUUCUGCUAGCCCUAUUGUAUAUAUAUUAGUCUCUUCCCGUCAUGAAAUUGCUUUUUGUUGAUCUUAUCAGACUUUUUAACUUGGCAAAUUCUACAGUUAUCAGCUAUGAUAAUUAAAUUAACAUUUAAAUUAUCAUAAUAACUUUUGUACUCUGUAAACCCGCAAAUCUUAAUUAAAAAUAAUUUUCGAAUUUCAAAUCCCGAAUUCAAAUUUAAAAAAAAGAAAAGGUUUUUAGCAUUUUUUCGGGCUUGCGUAUUGGGUGCUCUAUCAUUUUGAACUAGAGCUCGCACAGAGCAUCAAACUCAAUUCUCUAGAGUAGUGGUCGGCAAACUUAGAAACUGUUGCAAACGAUUAAUAUUUUAUUAAUUUUUAAUUUUGAAUUCGGGUUUAAAUAUUUAAUUUUCAAUUGUAAUCCUAACAUUUUUGAUUAAAAAUUAAAAAUUUCAAAAUCGGAAUUAAAAAUAGAAAAUCUAAUUUUAAAUCCAAAAAUGUAUAAAAAACUGUCAAAAAAAGCCACAAGCGUAAAUAAUGCUAUAGGUCCAAUUAUCAUUUUUUUCUGGGUUUGUAGCUCGAUCUGAACUUUCAGCGCUUAUAAUGUCUGUAAUAUAAGUUUUUCCAAAAAUUUACACUACUGAAAUAGAACAAAUUAGAUCUAUACCCAUAUCAGUGUCUAAAUGGCGAGUAGAAUUUUGCUUAUAAUGUAUAGAAUUUUGGUAGUCCAUAUGUAGCAUUGACUACUUUAAAGAAAUUCUUAUUGUGCGCUGCGUAUUUGUACAUUUUUGAAUAUUCUGCUUUUUGAAGUCAAUUAUCAGCAUUAACAUUUCCUUUUUUAUAAAAGAAUUUGUACUGAGCAAAACUUGCAAACUUCCAAUUAAAAACGAAAUAUGAGCAGUCAUAUAUGAAUUUAUGUGUGAUAGAGCUCUCAACCCAAUAGAAAUACUUAUCAUAUGAAAAUUAUAUAAAAAUUAAAUGAUUGGCAUUUCUACAAAUUUUUGUAGAGAUUUGUAUAAAAACGUAAGAAAGAAUUCUUAUUUUCCAGAAAAUUAUAGUAAAUGGCUGCCAAAAACAGUUCUAUAAUUUUGAAAAAUUCUGCUAGGGCUUGGAUUGAACAAUUUGUCGUUGCUGUUGCCCAAACUCGGGGGCAUAUGAACAAAUAAGCGACUAUUAGCAAUGGGUAGACUACCAUCUUAUAACUUUUGAAGCGCCUUUUGACUAAGAGUGCGCUGUUAAAUUUUUUUAAAUGCCCACGAUUAGUCAAAAGUAGAAGGAGAAAGUCGAUAACCGAUUACUUUUGUAAUAUUUUGUCGGUUCGGCUUUAUUUCUGCACUACCCAAUAUUCGUGCGGUAGUAUUUAGUGCUUUAAAGUGAUUGAGGUGACAAAUUUCAAAAUUAAAAAAAAAGUACACACAAGACAUCCAAUUCCACACUGUUGACGCAAAAUUCAAGUCCAGAAAGCUGUAAAGGAUUCAUGCCGCAUAAUGUUCAUCUGAAAUUAAGAUUUUUGAAAUUUUAUAUAUUUUUACUUUUUGUUUAUUAAUUAGAACUGUGACAGCCUAAAAAAUGCGAAUUUUGGGAACUAAAAAAACUCGACUCGAAAAAAAGUUGAGUUUUACCCAAUUGAUAGGUCAUUGUAUGGAGAGUUAUGUAUAGUCAAUACAGAAAAAACUUGAUAAUGAUUGCACUGAGCAGCUACACUAGACUGCUUUUUUUUUUUGAACUAUUUUUUUUUUCGAUCCCAUGGUGAAAUUUUGUUGGA